AUGGGAAAGCCAGAAUCUCUCCAGAAAUCAUCAGUGGAGAGGUCACAAUCGUCAAAUUCGAUAUCAUCGUUACUGAGAAAUCGCUUUAAAAAGACUCAGCAGGAAGAUAACAAACAACAAAAGAGCCCACAGACAGAGAUAGCAGAGACAGCAGAACAAAAUGGCAGUAUUGCGCAGACCACUGAGGAACAAGACCUGACGCUCGAGCAGUACCGCAAUCAAAUGAAAGAGCAGUCUACAGCAUCCCAAGAAGACCUUUGUCAUCCACAGGACGGAUUUCUCAACAGAUGGGGAUUGUGGGGCCAAGAGCAACAGUCGAAUUGGUCCGGCUGGAUGGGGCCUUUUGGACGCAAAGCGGAGACGCAAUCACAGACCAAUGCUACUAGUAAUGAAAUAGAAAGAAACGCCCGCGGGUGGUGGGGGUGGCCGUGGUCAGCAGCAGCUUUGGAGAAUUCGAAAGAUCAAGCGUCAGUGCGAACAAGCGAGGAUGAGCGAGUGAAAACAGCGAUCGAUCAACUAUCUGUGCUGGGGCCGCAAAUACAGCGAACAACAUCAUGGGCAUUCGAAACUCAUUAUGGAGACAAAGGAGGCGAGCUAAGCAUUUUCGGUACAUCGACUUCAAAUUCGCCUGUUCAUUGUGAGUCGCUACCAAAGACACAGUAUGAAAAUCAAGAAGCUUCAGUCGAGAAGCUAGAAGAAUCAUUUUGUGAUGUCGUACCGGAUCUAACGUACACGUACCGCGAUUUAACUAGGAGGACCAAAUUGCGACUUUUGCUAUCAAAGAUAUGCCCCGUUCUAUUGGUCCCUCCAGAAAUGCACUUAUACCAUGAUCCGACGUUCAACCAACCAUUGUCGGACAAAGUAGAGACGAAAAAGGCUCUUGUGAUAUCUAUUCAUGGUUUCCUUCCCUUCAAAAUGAUCAAAUCGCUUAUCGGUCAGCCUACAGGAUCUGCAGAUGUAAUGACAGGAAAGACUACGGAAUGCUUGCGUGAGUGGGGAAGAAAUCACGGGGUCAACAUGGAUAUAGAAACCAUAUCGAUGGAUGGCUCGGGAAGAAUUCUCGAGAGGGUCAACAGCUGUCUUUUUUUGCUGCUAGACAAUUGGCUAGACUCGAUUCUGACCUGCGAUUAUUUAUUCGUUGCUUCGCACUCUCAAACAGUGCCCGUGGCAAUCCAUAUCAUAUCGCGACUCAUAACUGCUGGGUAUCUUGACAAUAUUGAAAAGGCAGGAUUAAUAAGCAUCUCAGGGGUGUGUCUUGGUCCUUACAAGGGACUCGACUCGAGGCUGUCCGUCAGAGCCUACACUCCUUUUGAAAACGAAGUCCUGAUGGAGCUCUUUGAUUUCCAAGACGACGAAACCGUUCAAAGCAAAGAGCUCGUUCGACAUAUCGAUAUUCUUUUGCGCAAAAACGUUAAGCUGACUUUCGUUGGCUCGAUGGAUGACCAAUUUGUUCCGCUUUAUUCGUCUAUGUGCGCUCAUCUCAAUCAUCCCAACAUAUAUAGAUGUGUCUACAUGAAAGACGACACUCCUGCAUUUUUGAGGCAGCUUGUGACUCUGGUGAUGAUUGUGCGAAACCUAAACUACGACGAUCACGAAUUGUUAGUUGAAAUCAACAGCUAUUUACAAGGCACUUUGGGAGCAGGAAGUCACGGCAAUAUAAUAACUAACAAAAACGUUUACCGGGCAGGAAUCGCCAAUACACUAGAAACGUCAAACUCGAUUGUCCAGCAUUGUUUAAAUGUGAAAACGAUUAACGUUAAGAAGUUUUGCUUCAACCAAUAUCAUCUGCCUUGGUGUCUGCGAGGAUUUUUGCAAGAGGUGUUGAAAUUGCGCAAUUUCCCCGCCCGAAAGCUGUUGCAAAAUUUGUUUGACGCCUACAGACAAUGGGAUCCCCAGUCAAAACAGCACAAAGACCUCAAGUACACAAUCGAAGUUUUAGGCAAGUCGCCUAUUGCGGAAUUGUGUAUGGAUUAA